AUGGCUUCGUCUAAAUCGCAACAACAGUUCCCGGAUUUGGAAUGGGCCAAGCUCUUGCCCCCAGGCGAACAUCCAAAUUUUGUCACCUACCCCUUUCAACCUGGGAAGACAAUAUUGCCCAAGGGUCAUACUCGUUUUCCUGGCCGUCGAGCUUUCCCUGUGGAAGCAAUCUUUGACAGAGAUGUCGCCAUCCCUAUGCGCGACGGAAUCAAGAUUUUUGCGGAUAUCUUUCGUCCAGUUGACUCGGACUCUGGAACAAAAGUGCCAGCCAUAAUCCCGUGGAGCCCUUACGGCAAGACUGGAAGCGGAGGACAACAAUAUGAGGUCAUGGCACCUUUCCGUGUUGGCCUGCGCCUGGACCAGACAUCAGGCUAUGAGAAAUUCGAAGGCCCAGAUCCGGCCGACUGGAUUCAUCGCGGGUAUGCCAUUGUUAAUGUGGACGCCCGCGGGGCCAAUCAUUCCGAGGGCAACAUCGUGUUCUGGGGCCACCAAGAGGCCGAGGAUGUCUAUGAUACCAUUGACUGGAUCUCGAAGCAGCCGUGGAACAAUGGCUCGGUGGGAAUGGCGGGUAACUCGUGGCUGUCCAUCGCCCAGAUCAACUAUGCUUCCAGGUUGGAGCACCCGGCCCUGAAAGCCUUAGCUCCAUGGGAGGGCCGUAACGACGUCUAUCGUGAUACCAUGUAUCGAGGAGGAAGGAAGCAUAAUCCGUACCUCCACAAGUUUCUACUAGCAGGGUUCGCUGGACCCAAUUCGGCAGAGAAUCUCCCAGCCAUGGUUGCGAAGCGGCCCUUUUACGACGACUACUGGGACAGCAAAUUUAUCCAUACCGAGAAGAUCAAUGUUCCUCUUUAUCUUGUCGCAUCAUAUUCGUCCCAACUUCACAGCCGCAGUGCCUUCCAUACGUUUCGGACAGCAAAAACUCCUGAAAAGUGGCUUCGUGUCCAUCCAUACUUCGAAUGGUACGAUCUAUACCGCCCCGAAAUCGUGGAUGAUCUCGAAAAGUACUUCAACAGAUUUCUCAAAGGAAUAGAGAACGGCUGGGAGCGUGACACUCCACGAGUUCGUCUCUCACUUCUUGGAUUCGAAGCUGGUGGCGGCGCUCUUCAGACUGUCCGUGAACGUCCUGAGCAUGAAUGGCCUUUGGCUCGGGUCAGGUUGACCAAGCUGUACCUUGAUGCUUCGACAAUGACCCUGCAAAAACUUUCAGUCAAGGAGGACUCCACGGUCUCGCAUUCUAGCACCAAUCCCAAAUCCAUCUCGGACUUCACUUAUCAUUUCGCUGAAUACACCGAGUUAGCAGGCUAUGCCAAGGUCAAACUUUGGGUGUCCUGUAAGGACCACGACGAUCUUGAUGUGGUGGUACAGAUCCGCAAGGUCUCCAAAGACGGCAAACUUCUCCAGCAUCUUAACUAUCCUUGCCCGGUUCCCAUCGAGGAAGUCCCUGAUCUUAAUAUAGCCAAGUUCCUGGGGCCACAGGGAAUUCUGCGCGCUUCACAUCGAAUUACGAAGGUUGACGAGCUUUCGACCGAUCAAGAGAUCUUCUACAAGCACGACCGUCGCGAAGCUAUUCCGCCAGGGACAAUUGUACCCCUCGAAAUCACGCUGUGGCCGAUGGGGAUGGUCUUUGCCCCAGGUGAAGGAAUCGCACUACGCAUAUCGGGAUUCGACAUGAGCUUACCAGAAACUGAUCGGAUCUCUGGGGCGUCACUCAAUAACGAGAAUGUGGGAGAGCACGAGGUUCAUACUGGGGGCAAACACGACUCCUUUUUGGUCCUGCCGUUUGUCUAA